UAUACAAACAUUUAAAAUGGCGUUUAAAACUAAAACGAUAUCAUUUUUAAUGUUAAAUGUUAUCAUCAUUGCAAACAAUUUUGAUUAUACAAAUUGUGGAAGUUUAUUUAUGAACGAUGAAAAUAAUCAAGAUACAGUAGAAAUUCGUAAUUACCGUAGUAGUAAUUUACCCGAUGAUACACCAUCUAAGUCCAGUAGGAGUGGUGGUCGUAGUAGUGGUGGUAGUAAUAGUAGGAGUAGUGGUGGUAGUGCUAGUAUGAGUGGUGAUCGUAGUGGUGAUAAUGAUAGCAAAAGUGACGUUAUUUCAUACUAUAGACCUGGAUUAGACUUAUCAGAGGAUAAAGAUGUUGAUAAAGAUAUAGACUGUACGUCCCGUCCUGUCGAGGGUAUGUGCAGAGGAAAUAUACCUCAAUAUUAUUGCAAUCCCAGUAAAGCCACGUGCGAUGUAUUUUAUUACGGCGGGUGCGGCGGUAAUGCCAACAGAUACCCAAACCGACGGGCCUGUCAGGCGGCCUGUCAUAGUGAGUGUCCAAAAAGACCUAGACGAUAUUGAUUAGUUUUUUGUAAUUUAUUUACAAUUAUAAAAAAAUAAAAAAAUAGUAUUUAUAUAAAAAUCGAUCUAAAGAUUACUA